CCUGCCGAGCGCAGCCAGGCGCGCAGCGCUCCGGUGGGCGCUCAAAUUGGGCAGCUGCGAAGAUCUGCCAGGAGUGUGGUGCUCCGGCUUCGGCUGCCCCUGGACCUGGCCCGGCCCCUGUGCCCUUCUUGGACUCUCAGCAGAGGCGUCUUUGGCCUGAAGAGGCCAAAGUUCUGCGGGACGCACUGGUCGGCGCCGGGCAGUCCCUCCGCGGGACUUGGUGCGGACGGGGCGCGCGCGGGUGGGUGCUGGGGCGGCGGCGCGCGCAGAAGGCUGCCCACCGCCGAAGGUGGCUCGGGGAGUUGAAAGGGAAGGAAAGGAGUGUGUGUCUAAAUGAGGGUUUGGGGAAGAGUCGCAGGGCGAGCGCGCGGGGCCGCCGCCGGACCGGCGCUGAGUGUCUGGGAACAGGCGGAGCGCGCGGCGUGGCUCCGGCCAGGAAAGCGCGGCAAGUAGGCUUGUUUGCGUGGAAGUUGCCUAGGGAAGCCGAGCUCUUGAGAGCCUCUUCUCCCUCUCCAGCCUCGCUCCGGCGGUGAGGUCACAGCGCUCCGAGCCCGGCCUCCUCGCGCCCCUCCCGCUCGCGCCUGCUCCACCUUGGGAACACAAGGCACCGAGGCGGAGAAUGGGGCUACCGCACGCCAUGGAGAAGUAGCCCCGGGGGCCGUGGAAAAUGAGGCCCGCCCUGCUGCUGCGGCUCGCGCUGCUGCUCGCCCUGCCCGGCAGCCUGGCGGAGAAGGGGUGCCCGUCUCCGCCCUGCGAAUGCCACCAGGAGGACGACUUCAGAGUCACCUGCAAGGAUAUCCACCUCAUCCCCAGCCUGCCGCCCAGGACUGAGACUCUGAAGCUCAUAGAGACACACCUGAAAGCCAUCCCCAGUCGUGCAUUUUCAAAUCUGCCCAAUAUUUCCAGGAUCUACUUGUCUAUAGAUGCAACUCUGCAGCGGCUGGAAUCACAUUCCUUCUACAAUCUGAGUAAGAUGACUCACAUAGAAAUUCGGAAUACCAGAAGUUUAACUUACAUAGAUCCUGAUGCCCUAGAAGAGCUCCCCCUCCUAAAGUUCCUUGGCAUUUUCAACACUGGACUUAGAAUAUUCCCUGACCUGACUAAAGUUUAUUCCACUGAUGUAUUCUUCAUACUUGAAAUUACAGACAACCCUUACAUGACUUCAGUCCCUGUAAAUGCAUUUCAAGGACUGUGCAAUGAAACUUUGACGCUGAAACUAUACAACAAUGGCUUUACUUCAGUCCAAGGACAUGCCUUCAAUGGAACAAAGUUGGAUGCUGUUUACCUAAACAAGAAUAGAUACCUGACAGUUAUUGACAAAGAUGCAUUCGGAGGAGUAUACAGUGGACCAACCCUACUGGAUGUGUCUUCUACCAGUGUUACUGCCCUGCCCUCCAAAGGCCUGGAGCAUCUGAAGGAACUGAUAGCAAGAAACACUUGGACUCUUAAGAAACUUCCACUUUCCUUGAGUUUCCUUCACCUCAUCCGGGCUGACCUUUCUUAUCCAAGCCAUUGCUGUGCUUUUAAGAAUCAGAAGAAAAUCAGAGGAAUCCUUGAGUCCUUGAUGUGUAAUGAGAGCAGUAUCCGGAGCCUACGUCAGAGAAAAUCUGUGCAUGCCUUGACUGGCCCCACCUACCAAGAAUAUGAAGAUCUGGGUGACAGCAAUGUUGGGUACAAGCAAAACUCCAAGCUCCAGGAUACCCACAGUAGCUCGCAUUAUUAUGUUUUCUUUGAAGAACAAGAGGACGAGAUCAUUGGCUUUGGUGAGGAGCUCAAAAACCCCCAAGAAGAGACUCUACAGGCCUUUGACAGUCAUUAUGACUACAUUGUGUGUGGGGAUAAUGAAGACAUGGUAUGCACCCCCAAGUCGGAUGAAUUCAACCCUUGCGAAGACAUAAUGGGCUACAGGUUCCUGAGAAUUGUGGUGUGGUUUGUUAGCCUGCUGGCUCUCCUGGGAAAUGUCUUUGUCCUGUUUAUCCUCCUCACCAGCCACUACAAACUGACCGUCCCACGCUUUCUCAUGUGCAAUUUGGCCUUUGCAGAUUUGUGCAUGGGGAUAUACCUGCUCCUCAUUGCCUCUGUGGACCUCUACACUCACUCAGAGUACUAUAACCAUGCUAUUGACUGGCAGACUGGCCCUGGCUGCAACACAGCUGGUUUCUUCACUGUUUUCGCCAGCGAGUUGUCGGUGUACACACUGACAGUCAUCACCCUGGAGCGCUGGUAUGCCAUCACCUUCGCCAUGCGCCUGGACCGGAAGCUCCGUCUCAGGCAUGCAUACGCCAUCAUGGUUGGUGGCUGGAUUUGCUGCUUCCUUCUUGCCCUGCUCCCUUUGGUGGGAAUAAGUAGCUAUGCCAAGGUCAGCAUCUGCCUGCCUAUGGACACGGAGACCCCUCUUGCUCUGGCAUACAUUGUCCUUGUUUUGUUGCUCAACAUUGUUGCCUUCAUCAUUGUCUGCUCCUGUUACGUGAAGAUCUAUAUCACAGUCCGAAAUCCCCAGUACAACCCUGGGGACAAAGACACCAAAAUUGCCAAAAGGAUGGCAGUGUUGAUCUUCACAGACUUCAUGUGCAUGGCUCCCAUCUCAUUCUAUGCUCUGUCAGCGCUUAUGGACAAACCUCUCAUCACUGUCACCAACUCUAAAAUUUUGCUGGUUCUCUUCUAUCCACUUAACUCCUGUGCCAAUCCAUUCCUGUAUGCUAUUUUCACCAAGGCCUUCCAAAGGGAUGUGUUCAUCCUACUCAGCAAGUUUGGAGUCUGUAAACGUCAGGCUCAGGUUUACAAGGGCCAAAGAGUUUGCUCAAAGAACAGUACUGGUAUUCAGAUCCAAAAGGUCACCCAGGGCAUGAAGCAGAGUCUCCCCAACAUGCAAGAUGCCUACGAACUGCUUGAAAACUCCCACCUCACUCCAAAUAAGCAGGGUCAAGUAUCAGAAGAGUACAAGCAAACAGUUUUGUAAAUUUAACCCAUGCUAUUCACAGUGGUAGGGGGAACUUACACAAGGCUGGUUUUAGUGAAUGUGUAUUCCAAUCCCAUCACCCACAAACACAGAGAUGACCUAAUUCUUGUGCAAAUGAUGUUUCAUGGGGCCAGAGUUCAUCUCCGGAUAGUAACUAGCAUUAGACCAAUCAUUGCCUCCAAGAAGGAAGAGAAACUACCAGCAUAGCUGAAUCCCAGGUGAUGUCAACAUAGUCUGUACUCUCCGCAGGACUUGCUUGAUACUAAGUGCAGAGAUGACCCUGUGUGGUUCAGCAAAUAUCAACGGGACCAUGUUAAUAUUGAUCUCACUUUUAUAUAGAAUUUCAUAGUAAAGAUUCAGCAGAUGGUCAAUGCUAUUAAUUUAGCUGGUGACCGCACUAUAAAAGCCGCCCUGCAUUGGCUCAGAUCAACGUUGUAUUCCCUGAAACGACCAAAGAGAGCUUCAGAUGCUUAAAACUGAAAAGCUUAACAUGAAUAGAUGUUGUGCAAUAGCUAUAGUGAGGCCUGAAGAAGGGGGAAGUUUUAGUGUUAAAUUGCAUUCUUGGACUGAAAUUACUGGUCAUCUCUUCACUAGGAUCUACCUGAUGUGACCCAGCUGUUAUAGUUGCUUGGAGAAACUGGUAAAGUUUCACCUUAUCUGGCCUAGCGAGCUCUUCUUGGCUAGGCUCAUAGCAUAAAAGAUAUGAACUCUAGAGAGUAUUUCUAAAUAGAAAAGCAUUUCUAAAUAGGAAGUAAGGGCAGAGCACACUUAAUCACCUGUUAACCUGUAUAGCAGGUUGGACAUCAGGCAGUUAUAGGACUUUGAACAAGUCACUUGGCCUCAAAAGUCUGAAAAGAAAGGAGCUGGGUGUCUCCUUCCAUUUAAAAUCUCCAGAUAUGUGUCUCUUUAACUCAAAACAUGUAUUUCUGUGACAGAGACAAAGAAGAGCACUAAUUAAGUUGAAUCUUUUUUUUCUUCUGUAUUGUAGAGCUGCUUUCUCCUUCUUUUUGGAACCUAGACAUAUGACCCAGGAAAUUUUUUCUUUAUUUCACAUUUGGUCAUGUUGUCUGAAGAAAAAAUGCUGUUGAGUGGAUUGGAUACAAAUCCUUCAUCUACUACUAGAAUCAUGAGGCUAAAAACAAGUUGCUAUUUCUAUAGCUGGAUUAAAAAGUGUUUUGCAAAUGUUGGUUAUUUAGAGUUACUACAAUAUGCAGUGCCAUUUGAAAGCAUUUGUCUUCGAGGAUUGUUUCUUAGUCCUUUUCAGUCUACACCCCACAUAGAAGCUGUCAAGAGAGAUAACUUCUCUGAUACUGCCAGCUUUUUCUAGUGUGGUUGCUUACUGGACAUAAAAUCUGUAUUCCUCAUCGGUACUUUUUUACUUCACGCAGCCAGGAAUGGAUGUACGUUUAGCUACGGAUGUACGUUCCAGGUAACUUUCCAUGGUAGCCCCUUAAUUUCUUGCUAGCAGAGUCUCCAAGCAGAGGUGGCAUUUUCUUCUCAUUGCAUAUAAAAUACAGUAUGAAAGAAAUGGGUUGUUCCAGUUGAAGCCUGUGGAGUAGGAUUCGUGGGCUCUCAGAAAUGAUCCCCACAUGACUCAGCGGGAAGAUCUCCACAACCACAACCAUUCUUGAUAACCACUGACACUUGUGCAACUCCAUAGAAAUAGUACAAACAUCUAAAAUCAUGACUUUCCUAGCAGUUUUCACUUGUACCUAAUGAAAUUCAACAAAUAUGUUAACUUUUGGUAUGUGUUCUCUUGUGACAUUUUGAAACAUCCAUAGAUAAUGUAUUUUAUCUUGAGUAGCUAAACUAGUAUUUUGGAAACAGUCCAAGAAGAAUGACUUUAACAGAAUUACUACUAAAAUUUACAUCCACAACAUGAAAUAAAUUUUCUUCAUAUGAAAUGAU